CGGGCCCCGGCUCUGCGGACCCACUGCGGGAGCUGGGGCGGCGUGGCUCGGUCGGCGUCCUUCUGGUGCCCCCCACCCCGUCCUGCGCUGCCUGAGGCCCCGCCAUGGCCCAGCAGAGAGCCCUGCCGCAGAGCAAGGAGACUCUGCUGCAGUCUUACAACAAGCGGCUUAAGGACGACGUCAAGUCCAUCAUGGACAACUUCACCGAGAUCAUCAAGACCGCCAAGGUUGAGGACGAGACGCAGGUGUCGAGGGCCACUCAGGGCGAGCAGGACAACUACGAGAUGCACGUGAGAGCCGCCAACAUCGUCCGAGCCGGCGAGUCCCUGAUGAAGCUGGUGUCUGACCUCAAGCAGUUCCUCAUCCUCAAUGACUUCCCGUCGGUGAAUGAGGCCAUCGACCAGCGCCGCCAGCAGCUGCGUGCCCUGCAGGAGGAGUGUGACCGGAAGCUCGUCGCGCUGCGGGACGAGGUCUCCAUCGACCUGUACGAGCUGGAGGAGGAGUAUUACUCGUCCAGGUACAAAUAGGGCUGGACCCCGUGCACAGCGGACCUGCGGACCCGGGCCCGGCCAGCAGGGGUGGCCCAACCCCACCCGGCAGCCUGAAGGUCCUUGCUUCCAAACCCUUCCUGGUCUUGGCAACAGAACCCUUUGUCUGGGUUUCAGAGCAGACCUCAGAGUCAGAACAUCUGAUCAACAGACAGCUGAUGCUGCCUCCCGGGGCCCGGGCAUCAGAAUGAAAAUCAGAGCCUCAAGGGUUGGGAGGGCCAGGCCAGCGUUUCUGUCUGGGGGCCCAUCUGUCUGUCUUAAUCGUCUAAUCCAGGUCUAAACAUCCCAGCCAUGCGGGGCCAGCGCUCUUGGCUACCCAGCCCCUGUCCAGGACCCCAGUGCUUGCCCAGGGUUGUGAUUCGCCAUGGGUGUCACCGAACACCCACUCUGUGUGUGUCGGGGUGGGGGUUCCUGGGAAGGAGGAGGAGAAAAUCCAAGUGGAGUGUGGCCUUGAACGCCAGGCCUGGGCACUUGGACCAGAGUUCCCAUUCAGCUCAGCAUUAUUCACAGAUCACAGCCCUCCUGCGCUCUAGGCCCAAUCACAGCAAUAGGCAAGGCGUGUGACGCCAGCCCUCGUGGCCUGCUUACAAUUCCGAAACCAAGGCAGUUUGAGCUGGAGGGACCCCAGGAAAUCAGAAUCCAGGUGUAAUUUACUUACGGGGAAGCUGAGGCUGGAGAGGCCUCGCACAUCCGUCGUUAGCUUGGAAAAAUCAAGACUCACUCCAGCAGACGCGGGGUUGGCACCCCCUCGCCCUUGCUGGAUAAACGUGUCUUUCCUGUCAUGAAUUUUCAUUGCUCCUUUCUGUCCCGUGGUGGCCAGGCUGGGGCCAAAGAUGCCCAGAGCCAGCGUGUCUGUGGCCUGAGGCUUGAUUUCUGUGUGCGUUCCAGUGCCACCCCUCACGGUCCCUCCUGCCUUUACCUUCGUGGGAAGGGACGAGUGUCACUGCUCGGUUGGAGUGGUUUAAACUCUUCCAGAGGGUUCUGCGGCCACCUCUCAUCCCUGAUGCCUACUGGCUCAGCAGACACACAGCAAGUGCCUCCUGCAUAGUAGCCUUCAGGGAGGGGUCCAGAGUGGUCCCUGGGGGGGUUCAGACCCUGCUGGGGGCAUUGUUCCUUAUGUCCUUGUGUUUGCCCCCUUGUGGCCCCCAUGGGCCAGGGCCAUGGACUGAAUGUCUGCAGGAGAGAGCUUAGCCCUGCCUCUUGAGAUUGAGGGCAAUGGGGGCUGAAGGGGAACGCCUGAGAGCCAGGCUCCUCCUGUCCUGGCUCCAGGCCGUCAGUCUGGCUCAGGGGGGUUUCUAGUCCAGCCUGGGGUCUUCGAGAGGCUGAGGCCCUCCGUCUGUAAAUGCCUGUGGUGGCCGGGGCUCAGCUGAGUCAGGGCUAGCCGGCUGUGGGCCCCUCCCUGCUUGUCCCCUACACAGGCGGCGUGUCCCCGCCCCAGCCACCAGCGCUCAGCCCGUUCUCCGUGUGCGUCUCCGCUGCCCACACGCUCGCUUCCCCGCUUUCUGCUCACGAUUUGCUUUCUCUGCCUCUCGCCCUCCACUCUCCGCAAAACUCUGCUCUGUGUCCAGGAUGGUUCUGAGGCUGGAUGCUGGGGGCGGGAGCGAGAGGCAGGAUUCGGGAGGAAGCCCGUGGGACAAGUGUGGGGAUGGGCGUAUGCCCCACUCGCCCCCUGGACGGCCUCCACGAGCCAUGCUCUGUUCACCUGCAUCCCUGCCCUAAGAGGCCAGCCGUGCUGUCCCCACACUAGACAAGAUCUGGUGCGUUCAGCGUGGCAUGGCCGUAGACUGUCCCCGUGUUAGAGACGGGAGCCUGAGUUCAAGGUGCUGGGGUCCUGUUUGAGGUCACACAGCUGGUGCAGGGCUGCAGGACAGAACGCCAGGGCCUCUGCUUCUAACCGCCACCCCAUUCAGGCUGAGUCCCAGGCCCAGAGAGUAGACAGGGUCUCUGCCCCCAGGGCCCUUGAGAAGUGCAGGGACCGUGGAGACCACCUCUGGACGCUGGUUCCUGCAGCUAGAGAGUGGAGCUGGCAGCUCCCUGCAGGAGGAAGGCAGCCGGAGCCAGGAGGGACACGGAUGGGUCAGUGGAAGGGACCUGCCGAGGUCACACAGCCUGCCAGUGGCUGGUCCCAAAUGGGUCCCUGUAGGAGCCCCUGGAGGACCCGGAAGCAGGCGCAGCUCCCCGUGCACACGGGAGGAGGGGAAUGCAGGUCUGGGGUGUGAUCUGUGUUUCCUUAACUGCUUCUAUCUUGCUUUCCUUCCCUGGCUUCAUCUCUGCCUGCUCCUGUCUCUCCCUUGGUUUCUGGUGGUGGAAAAGCUCAAGUCUAUGUGAAGCUAAUGAUCUGCCUCUGUGCGAAGCUUACUGGAGGCUGGACCCGGACACAGACUCCGCUGACUGCCUCUCAGCCCCUCUGCUCGCAUCCCCGGAGCCCAGUGCUGGCGGCCCCCUGCAGGCUGCAGCCCCUGCCCACUCCCACACUAGUGGCCCCGGCCCCACGGAGCACACCUGAGCCUCCUGGGGCUCCCCCCCCCCCGCCCCGGACCCCUAGGAUUUUAGGAACGAAAUCCAGUCCUCCCCUCUGGGCCCACCCCAGCCUCCACUCCCUUCAGCCCUGGUGCCCACUUGGGGAGCCACUGUGGCUUCUUUGGGAACCUUGUCAGCCCAGGGACAGCCCACCUAGGAGUGUUGGGGGGAAGGAGUGCCCCCCACCAUUCCAGGGUGGCCCAUCCUUCCUAUUUGCUGCUUUCUGGGCUGGCUAGAAGGGAGUUUCCAGGAGAGUUUGUCCCACUGAGGACCUGGCAGCAGGGCAGGAGGAUGCCCAGUGUUGGGAAACCUAACCUGUGCGUGCUGUUUACCAUGGGGGGAGGGGGGACGUGCACAGCUCUGCCCACUACCUCAUCCUGAGGCUCCUCUGCUAGCUGACUGCCCCUGCAGGGCUGUGGGGAAAGGGGACUGCCCACUCUCAUGGAAGUCAGGCAGAGUGCUUCCUAAUUCUGUUGCUGCAUACAUUUGGUUAUUUUUGUAAUAAAAGACUGUUGAAUAAAACCACCUCUGCCCUUUUGCA